UGCCCCGCCCCUCAUCCGGCUCCGCGGAGCCGCUGGUUACGUGUCGGUGCCGGAGUAAAGAUGGCCGACAGGAAAAGCGGCACCAACUUGCUUUUCUCCUCCGACACCGAGUUCAGUUUCCCGGUGCCUUUCAUCCCUGUGAGUCAGGCACAGGCGGCGGACAGCAGCCUUCUCUCAGCGGAUGAAUCCACAGACGUUGGUGAGGAGGAUAGUUUUGUAGGUCAGACUUCUGCUUCCACAAGUCAUCCAUCAACCUUCAGCUAUUUCACCCAGGCUGCAACCAACAAUGAUCCUUUUGCGAAUAUUGGACAUCCUCCUUUCACAACAGCAGCACCACCUGCGGGGACGGCUUCAUUACCAAUGGCUCCAACCGAAGUACCCCUUACUUCUACAGCACAUUCUGUGCAGGAUCCCUUUGCAUUUCAGAGUCCGCAGUCUCAGCCUGGCUCCAUGAUGCCCGCGGUGUCUCAGUAUAUUAGCACAACGUAUCAGAAUACUCAGCAUGCCAUUUCCUCGUCAACUGCUUUUCCAUCUGUUUCCUCUCCUCAGACUCAGCAUAAUUAUAAUCCUUAUCGCCAAAGUUCGCAGACCAGCCGCCCCAGUCCCUACUUUACACCACCUCAGCUUCAGCAAAGCCAAAGUCAAGGUCACCAGCAAAUGCCUUCCUUUCAGUCUACUCCCCCAGCGAAUCAUCUGUACCAGACACCACCAACGUCUCCUCCACAGGCCACUGUAGGGCAGGGUGUGUUACCCCCACCUGCUUCUAAACCUAUAGCCGCAGCAGUGCAGCCUUUACUGAAUUUGCCAUAUAACCUCUAUGAACCUGUGCGACCCCAUUGGUUCUACUGCAAGCUGGUGGAAGGUAAACCAAUCUGGAUGCCAUUCAGUUUUCUGGACACAGCGAAGCUGGAAGAAGUUUACAACUCUAUACAACCAGAUCCUGAAAAUGUGAUUGUGUCCACUGACGGAGGUCGCUAUGACAUUCAAUUAUAUGACCGCACACGGCACGCUGUGUACUGGGAAGAGGAACCAUCAGAAGUGAGGCGAUGCACGUGGUUUUAUAAAGGGGACAUGGACAGCAGGUUUAUUCCUUACUCUGAGGAAUUUAGUGAAAAGUUGGAGUUUGCAGUCUCCAGGAGCACCCCUCCAGGGAUGGUUGAAGAUGACAUUCCCCAAUAUGCCAGGAUUCCCAGAUCAAUCUUAGAGAUGGAAAGCCAGGGCACAGGCAGAGCCCUGUGCAUUCAUUCAGAUGUUCAGGCAAAACAAAAACACUUGGUCCGAGUUCGGACAUGGAACAUUUAA